AUGCCCAUUCAAAUCCGUUAUGCGACUGAAUCCGAUAGCCCGGAUUUGGUCCAUAUCAACACCGUUAGUUUUGCCCCGGGUCUCUUUUACCAGAAUGCGUUUGCGAACGUUAAAGUUUCGGCCCUACAAACGUUGAAAUAUGCACGGACUUUCGCAAGAUUCGUGGACCCAAAAUAUCAUCUCUUAGUUGCGACGGAAUCGGAAACGGGACGUGUCAUCGCCUUCAUGCGAGUGGUCAUUCCACUUCAUUAUCAACAAGAUUCCCAUUCACUUACAGAGUUAUCUGAAGACGCGAAUAAGAUGGCGGCUAAACCAGAUGAAUAUUUACCCGAAGGAAUCAACAAGCGCGUUUACACAUGUUAUUUGGACAUGUUGAAGAGCUCGAGGGAAAGGUAUCUGGGAGAAAAUGAUAUGAGUACGUAUUCGAGUUGCCCCUAG